UGCAUCAGGGGCUAUCAGUAUAUCCUGUGGAGGCCCUGUAGACAAGCACUUUCUCGGUAAUGGUUUUGCUUCCCUAGAACUUUCCAGAGAAUCUCUCUAGCUGUGCAAUUCUGCAUCCUCUUCCAAUUUCAGCACAGGCGCUCCAACAAAGCAACAACAAGCUGCAACGAAAUCCGCUUUUGCCACAUUCCAAGCCGAAGCGCCCCCCAAAAGUAGAACGCAUACUCUGAAGCCAGCGUCUUCCUGACGACUCUUCGUCAAGUUGCUCGAACAGCGUCAGAAUGGCGUGCAUUGCGGCUCUGCAGAGUGCGGGAGUGGUUAUGCAGAAGUCUUUGACCACCUUGCCAGCGUGCUCCUCUACCAACAUCAGGAGCUUUGCGGCCUUCACUGGCCUGAGAAAGGACCCUUUUGCUGCCACAUCACGGGCCUCAGCGAGGACUGUGCACAGGCGGCAGUCUGGGGUGCGAGCGUCUACAGCAGUGAGCACCAAGUUCACAACUAUCAAGCCUGUGGGGGACCGCAUUCUGGUGAAGAAAGAGAAGGCUCAGGAGAAGACCAGUGGUGGCAUUCUGCUCCCGUCCACAGCACAGAACAAGCCUACUUCUGGUUCAGUUGUGGCACUUGGCGAGGGGAAAACUCUGCCAAAUGGAAAGAAGAUUGAAGUUGGGCUUUCGACUGGCAGCAAGGUAAUCUACUCCAGAUAUGCGGGUACCGAGGUUGAGUUCCAGGGAGAGGAGCACCUCAUCCUGAAGGAGGAAGAUGUGAUUGGGCUGUUGGACUCAGAUGAUGUGAAGGACAUGAAGCCCCUCGGAGAUAGAGUUCUGAUUAAGGUAGCUGCUGCUGAGGAGAAGACCCAGGGGGGGAUCAUCUUGACGGAUAGCACAAAAGAAAAGCCAGUUAUUGGAACGGUUGCCGCUGCGGGACCCGGCCCCCUCGACGAGGAGGGCAACAGGAAGGGCCUUGAUCUGAAGGAGGGCAGCACAGUUCUCUACUCGAAGUACGCCGGCACCGAGAUGAAGGGCAAAGACGACUCCGCUUAUGUCGUUAUGAGAGCACAAGACGUCCUUGCUGUGCUCUCAUAAACGUCAGAAUCAUUAUAGACAGGAAUUAAGCAUAAUCUACCAGUUCAUCAAUGUAUCAUUGCCGGACGUGUACUCGGGGGACAGUUUUGGUCUGACAGUGAUAAAAUAUAGACUCGAGUGCUGGCAUGUGAAGCCAGCUGUUGAUUGGAAGUUAAGCUUCAUGAGUCGGGCCGACAUGGCCCAAAAGCUGAACGAUUAUAACGUUGCUAGGGCCGGCCUGCAUGACCCCAAUUCUUGCCAAUGCAAGUUCUUUCCUAAUGGCGGCGGUCGUGGCUAUCUCAGACGAGGGCACACCAAACCUUUAGCUUAAGUAUCCAAAUCAAGUUUAUCGCAUGGCGGCCGCACUCAUGUCGA